AUGACCGCGAAGACAGCUCUUCUAGUCCUAUUGACGACGCUCGUCGCCGCGACGAUCGCGACGCCGGUCGAUCCGGAAAGGACGGAAGUGUUCCGCUUCCUACGAGCUUACGGUUUUCUGAGGGACGGCGGAGGAUCAUUGUCUUCCGACAACGCGACGUCUUUGCGUCGCGCGUUAUCGCUGUUUCAAGAAUAUUAUCGAUUACCUGGCGUUCACACUUAUGCGAAUCGCGAGAACGGCGACGUUUGCCCAGCGGCUUUCGAAGGUCCGGGAGGAGCCCUCGCUCACGCGUUCUUUCCCACCGGAACAGCCGAUUUCACCUCGGAGGUGCACGUCGAUGACGAGGAACUGUGGCACGUGUACCUGAACAAGAAUCCUUCUAACAAGUAUCAUCUACUUUUAACGCUAACUCAUGAAGUCGGUCACACCUUAGGUCUGCAACACAGUAUGCGCAACGACUCGGUGAUGUUUCCGUAUAUACCCGACAACGAGCUUCAAUAUCCGGUCAAGCUAAGCGUGGAGGAUAUUCUCGCUAUACAGAAUCUGUACGGAUCUCACGACGACGGGGAUUACCCCGCGAUUCCCGCGACGCCCGCUACCACUGCGGCACCCGCGACGACCGACCUCGCGCCGACCGAUCCGUCGCACGCGGAUCUUUGCGCCUUACGGCGCUUAGACGUAGCCUUAAUAAUGAAUCGGCGUUUAUAUAUAUCCAAUCGACGCAACUUAUGGUCGAUCGAUCUAAUCGAGAAACGUUACGGCAAGCCUAUGACGCUAACGGAAUACGCGACGUUUCUCCCAAGCAACUUUGUGCAUCUAUCCGCCGCGUAUCAAAGACCCUCCGGCGAUCUCGCGCUAUUCGCUGAUGACAAAAUCUAUCUCGCGGAAUAUCCUAAUCUUAAAUUGAAACCAGGUUGGCCCAGAUUCCUUCACAGCAUCGGAUUUCCUCGAAACGCUAGAAUCAACGCCGUGAUAAACGCGCACUCGGGACGAACCUACGCUAUUUACGACGACGACAAAGUAGCGGAAAUCGACGAGUGUCGCUCACUGAUUAUUAAACACGCUCCGUUAAAAGAUAUAUUUCCCGGAAUACCAUCCGCGAUAACGUCGGCUCUCCGGUAUGUCGACGGUAAUCUGUAUUUUUUCACUAAGCGCCAAUUUUACGCGUUCAAUGAAUUUAAAAAUAUCGUAACCUCGGCGGGUCCCUUCGACCCGCGCGUUCUCGGCAUCGAGUGCCCCACGGACGGACUCCUGCGCCAAUUGCGCGAUCUCCUCGGUCGCAUCUAUCGCCUCGACGACGCGACAGAGAGCGUGGACGAGGACGAUUGA